GUCACAGCCCGAGCUGAAGCUGCUGCUGCUGCUGCUGGUGCUGGUGCAGACUAAUGCUGCUCACCGCGCUUACUGCAAACAAACUGCACGUCCCGCCGCCUCAAACACAUCUCUGCUGCAGCACUCUUUAAGUUUUCCACUCUCCGGCUGUGUGAAAGCUGCGUUAUAUCAGCGUGUAAAGUGUGUUUGGGCAUGCUCGGGGGAAGCGUAUAGCUCUUAAUAAUGUUACCCGGCUCGCAUUAACACAGUGUAUGGCUGACGCUAAUGCAACAAAUAUGUCUCCUCGCUAAGAAAACAACCGGUGGUGUUUCUGUUGCCUUCAAGUUUUCAGGUGUGGUGGUGCGCCCAUGGAGAAGCCAUCACCUUCAGGCAAAGCAGCGCUGGAGGAGAAUAAAUGCCUGGUUGAGGAUGCUGAAGAGCUGAGAGGUGCCGUGGGUGGAGAGGUGGAUCCUCAGUCCCCGAGGAAGUGCAGCUCCUCUCGCUCAUCCCGCAAGAGCUUCCGCCUGGACUACCGUCUGGAGGAGGAAGUGACAAAGUCCUGUAAGGACAAACAUGGCCGCUGGACCAACCCCUGGCCCACAUGGCGGUUCCCUUCCUACACCACCCUGCUCAGGUUCCUGUUGUUGGAUAAAAACAACAGCAGUGUACCCUCCAGUAAAGAGGCUCUGGACAGUGAGCUCCCAGUGAUUGAACCGUACUUUGUCCAGAACCCAGACCUCUCUGACUCUGGCCCAGGCCUGAGAGUCACCUGGCUGGGUCAUGCCACAGUUCUGGUUGAAAUGGACGGGCUGAAUAUUCUGACAGACCCAAUUUUCAGCCAAAGAGCCUCGCCUUUCCAGUUCAUGGGGCACAAAAGAUACCGAGGCCCCCCCUGCACUGUGAACCAGCUGCCCAGGAUCGAUGCGGUCGUUAUCAGUCAUUCUCAUUAUGACCAUCUGGAUGCUGGAUCUGUGGCCAGCCUUAAUGCACGCUUUGGAGGGGAGCUACGCUGGUUCGUGCCCCUGGGUUUGAUGGACUGGCUGGUGAAGAUGGGCUGUGAGAAUGUGAUGGAGCUGGACUGGUGGGAGGAGAACUGUGUCCCGGGUCAUGAUGACGUCACAUUUGUCUGCACACCCGCUCAGCACUGGAGCAAGCGCACCGCACUAGAUGAUAACAAGUCUUUAUGGGGCAGCUGGUCUAUUCUGGGUCCAGAACAUCGAUUCUUCUUUGCUGGAGAUACCGGCUACUGCUCUUCCUUCCAGGAGAUAGGACGACGUUUCGGACCAUUUGACCUUGCAGCAAUCCCCAUCGGAGCUUACCUGCCCAGGGAUGUAAUGCAGGGACAGCAUGUAGACCCAGAAGAGGCUGUUCAAAUUCACCAAGACAUUCAGGCCAAACAGUCCGUGGCUAUUCACUGGGGAACCUUUGCUCUCGCCUAUGAGUACUACAUGGACCCGCCGGUUCGUCUCAGAGAGGCCAUGGAACAGAAAGGACUGAAACCAGAAUCUUUCUUCACUCUGCAUCACGGGGAGUCUCGCCUUAUAGCUUCACAGGAAGGAGACGUCUUCGACUGAUCCUCUGGAGCGAUCUGUGGGCUGACUUGUGUCUGUAACAAAGUGAAGAACAUAGCUCGUCAUACAUAGAUGGAUUUCAGUCUGAAACGCAUAUGCAGCUUAUCCCAGCUGAAAAUAGGAAAUUAAAAAUGUUUCGCAGUACUGUUUACAUACUGAAUGUUUGUCACGGCGGGAUAUACUACCUACAGCAGCUCCGCUAUAAAAAAAAAAAAAUCUGAUUAGGUAUGUGUAGUUCUUUAAAAGAAAAAUCCCCUCAUGGCUCAUGAGGAACCAGGUAUUUGAUUUCAACACAGAUGUUAAAUGUCAGUCUUUACAAGUACAGUACACUUAAGUCAAAUACUAUUUAGAUAACCCACGAUUUCUAUCAGUGUAACACUCAGAAAAAUAUUAGUUAGCAGAAAAAAUACACUAGUACCAGAUUCACAUAAGUCACAUUUAGACUUUUCUGCGGCUAAAUAUUGUCUAUAAAGUGAUCAUUUGAAUUUUAAGUCCAUAUUGAUGUCAAAAGCGUUUUUGUAGUCUCCACGCAGCUUUAGAAACCAUUCAGCUGAGGAGAAAAGAUUUCUGGCAGAUGCAGUGUUUUCUAAGCUUACUCCUCCAGUCUGGAUCAACCACUGAAAAGAAACCUGCACGCUUCAGUUGGAGUAAACCUUCUCGUCAAGAGGCAAAAAUGUGACCAGAAUUCGUUUUCAGAUCCACAUCACUAUAGUGACCAGUACUCUUGAUAUUAAUGUAGGCAAUGUUUGUGUGUCAGUAAUCACAAACCUUGAAAGCUUGACUGCAGACAGCGCGAUAAAGCUUCAUGUUGACACAUAGCUGGACAUCCUGUGAGCUGUAAUAGAAGAAUUAGAAAGUUAUUCAGAGUAGUGAUUUGCAAGGAUUGGUGCUAGGAAAAGUUUUUUUUUCUGAAUGUACUCUGGCCAAACAAAAACUACAUGAAACAGAAACAUUACAAGGAAUCUAUUUUUGUUUGAUAUUAAUUCCAAACCACUGUAUGCCAAUAGAAACUGUAGCUGAAGAGCUGUGAGAUGCAGUCAGAAGUUGAGCUGGGUUCAGCUUCGUGCUCUGCAAAUACUGCGCUUUGUUCCUGCUUCAGGCGUCUUUGAUGCUCUGAAACCACAGGACGAGAACGCUUAUCGGUUUGAUCAUUCACAUUUUCACUUCUCAGAACUGCUUCGGAGAGAA